AAUUAUCUUCAAUGUUCUGAACAAUAGCAUGGAAACAAUCACGGACAAUGAACGGAGUGUGUUGUACUAAGAACCGCAAUUCAAUGGUCAAAAUCUGCAUAAACAGUUGUACGGCUGAUUGUUUAAACCAGCUGAAUAAUAUCCCAUUCGAAAUGAAAGACUCAGAUCCAUUGAAUAUAAUAAAAAAGUGGAAAAUGUAAGGUAAAAAAGCAAUUUGCGAAAAAGGUGGAAAAUUCUAUAGAAACUUUAACAAUCGUUAAGGAGUUGGUGAUAAAUUGAGUGUUGAUUGGAGUACGAAUAAAAAUAAUUGUGGGGCUGAUGGGGCUCUGUAUACAAUAAAAAUGGGAAAAGAGAAAAAUGGUUGCUAGAAACCAGAAAAAUAAAUCUCGAACUUGAAGCACAAUAAGUUCAACCGAAGGGCAAAAGCAACGCAAAUAAAACAAACGAACGAAACGAGGACCACCCUCAUUUUAUAUACCAUGAAUCGAAAUAUGGUCACGGAAAGCAUCAUACCUUUAAACAACCUAACGUCAUCGUGGGAAAAUUAUACGAAAUCCGAAAAUUUCACCGGUAAACUGUUGAAUGCCACUCUAAAUCUACCAAGCGCAAAUGACACACUUGCCAGCAAAUUCAUCAUAAACAAUGCAUUUGUUCAGGCUUCGUUUAGUGUGUUCUACAUUGCAAUAUUUGUCGUCGGCAUCACGGGCAAUGUAUUGGUGUGCUAUGUGGUUUUUCGAAAUAAAGCCAUGCACACCGUCACCAACCUUUUCAUAACCAAUUUGGCUCUAUCCGAUAUUCUUUUAUGCUUCCUAGCCGUACCCUUUACACCAUUGUACACGUUCCUGGAACGGUGGAUUUUUGGCAAUUUACUUUGCCACAUGGUGCCAUUUUCGCAAGGUGUCAGUGUUUACAUAUCGACCCUCACACUCACUUCGAUAGCAAUGGAUCGAUUCGUGGUGAUUAUCUACCCAUUUCGCCAUCGCAUGAAACUGUCGACCUGUAUAUCGUUGAUAACUAGUAUUUGGAUAAUAUCACUAAUGUUGACCCUGCCGUACGGACUGUAUGUAUCGCUAAACAAUUACCCGGAAUCGCCAGAAUUAAAUUAUUGCGAGGAGGAUUGGCCAGAUGAGGUAACGCGUAAGGUUUACGGCACCGUUACCGUUUUCCUGCAAUUCAUCCUUCCCUUUGCCAUUAUGUCUGUGUGCUAUAUACUGGUGUCGAUAAAGUUGAACGACCGAGCGAAAUCGAAGCCGGGUAGCAAGACUUCGAAGAAGGAAGAGGCGGACAGGGAUCGAAAAAAACGAACGAAUCGUAUGCUAAUCUCAAUGGUUGCGGUAUUUGGUAUAUCUUGGCUACCGCUCAACGCUGUAAAUAUCUUCAACGACUACUACGAAACGAAAAGUGAAUACUACACACUCCUGUUUUUCAUUGCACAUUGCAUUGCCAUGUCAUCCACUUGCUACAAUCCCAUUCUAUACGCCUGGCUAAACGACAAUUUCCGAAAGGAAUUCAAAUUGGUGCUACCAUGCUACAAACACUCGUUAAACAAUGGCAUUUACAAUCGAGUCUAUCGACCGAAUCAAACGUUUUGUAACGGAAAUGAAGCUGGACAUCGUGAAUCACUGUUGGACGGUACAACAACCAGAGUGACGGAAAUUAUUCCGCGUGGACCGACGUGCAAUAGCAGCAUCAAAAAACCGAUUGUAAAGCCAUUAACGGUUAACAACGACAGCGUCCAGUUAAGUGAUACAGUGAAUGGACACCAAACCACUAGCAGUACGAAAAUUUCGUCUACCGGCGUCUUGGAAACUCCGUUUGACAUCGAGACGCUAAUUGAGGGCAGUUCGGAGCCGAAAUGUCGUGAUCAACCUUCAGAAUUAUAAUUGGACAAUGAUUAUCUGGAUGACAGAGGCGAAUGUACACUGGCACAAAGGGAAAGCUCAACGAGGAUUUCAGCUGCGAGCGUUUAUUCUCAAUAAACGAUUUUAAUAAUGAAAGUGGCAAACAACUUUUCGGCAACAGUCUUCAGUUAAUUUCGCAGAUCAACUGUUUUUAUGGCAAUUCUGUCGGGCAUUCUCAAUAUUAUACCAGUGGCGAAUGGGAGCGCAGGAAGAAUUUAUCGAAAUUUAUAUUGUUAACGAAAUUUAUCGGAUUUAGUGAAAUGGAUCCAGUGGAUGAGACGGGAUAAUUUGAUGAACGAGAAUUAUACGGUCUUUUUUUGGGGGUGGGAGAGAGAGAGAACGACUAAAAUAUAACCGAACCGUCUCUGUGUAAACUUUAUGGUUCCAUUCACAUUCACAUGUCAAGGUAUUUAUGAUAUAUUUGGUGUCGGAUGAUAAAUUUUUAUUGCGGAACGAAAAGUUGCACCAUCUUUUUGCUUCGUUAAUUUUAUCCGAAAUUUAUCGGAGACCGCUGCUUCUUGUUUCAUUAUUACUUCAGAGUGAAAAGAAAAAUGAAAAUGGAAAAUUCAGAGAGACCGUCAUGUAUAUAACAUCAUCAACAGCUCUGCACACAACUUUGCAUAUUUUCAUUGAGCGCGAUUAAAAGAAAAUCAGCUUGAAAAACUAAAAGCGGAAUAAGUUCACUGUCUGAUGGUCUUAGUGUCUCAUGUACAUUUUACAACCAGUACUGCAUUAUUCAUGCAACGACUGAAUGCAGAAGAUUUUCCAAAUUAAACUUCUUUGAAGCCAUUCUGUGUGUACCGAGAGUACGUUCACAUUUUUCUCUUAUUCAUUUUCUUCACAUUCUCCGUUGUUGCACACGUACGUUGGAACUAUUAGAGCUUAUUAAGGUUUCCUUCAUCUCGAAUGGAAAGAAUGAAUUUAUUUUGUUUGUUUCGA